CUUUGCUUAUAGAUAUCAAUCAAUCCAUUUUACUUCGUACUGAAAAAACAAAAAACAAAAAAUGGGCACAGUUGCAUCACCACACUUUGUCAUAUUUCCUUUCAUGUCUCAUGGCCACACCAUCCCUCUCCUCCACCUUGCCACCCUUUUGCGCCACCGUUUUGUCACCGUUACAAUCUUCACCACCCCCGCUAACGCCCCCUCCAUACGCGAUUUUCUACAAGACUUAUCCAUCUCAAUCAUUGAACUCCCUUUUCCUAAAGACGUACAUGACAUCCCUCAAGGUGUUGAAAAUACUGAGAAGCUUCCUUCCAUGUCAUCCUUCUACCAAUUUGCUAGAGCUACAAAGCUGAUGCAGCCGCUCUUCGAGCAGGCUCUAUCAGCUUUGCAGCAUCCGGCUACAUGUGUUAUAUCUGAUGCAUUUCUUGGAUGGACUCAAGAGUCAGCAGAAAAAUUUGGUAUUCCGAGGUAUUUUUUCUUUGGUAUGAGUGUUUUCGCCACGACUUUGUAUCAACUUCUUGGCAUACACCGUCCUCAUGCUGAAACUGUUUCACCAGACGAGCCUUUUACGUUUCAAAGUUUUCCUUGGUUGAAGUUCACAAGAAAUGAUUUUGAACCUCCGUUUGGUGACCUUGAGCCUAAAGGUCUAGCUGUGGACUUUAUGUUAGAGCAAGGUAUUUCGUUUGCAAGGGGCCGUGGGUUGAUCAUGAACAGCUUUUACGAACUGGAACCAAGAUUUGCAGACUAUUUCAACCAACACCUAGGCCCAAAGACAUGGUGUGUUGGGCCUCUUUGCCUAGCCAAGCAGCCCAUGACAGCAGCAAGAUCACAAACCAACAACAAACACAAAACCUGGAUGCAAUGGCUCAACAAUAAAUUAGACAACAAACAGCCUGUUCUGUACGUAGCAUUUGGUACUCAGGCAGAAGUUUCUGCCGAACAAAUUCAAGAAAUUGCAAAGGGACUUGAAUUAUCCAACACGUGUUUUGUAUGGGUGACAAGACAGAAAGUAUUGGAACAUUUACAAGGGUUUGAAGACAGGGUAAAAAACAGAGCAUUAAUAGUAAAAGAAUGGGUGGAUCAGAGUGAAGUGUUAAGGCAUAAAAGCAUUAAAGGGUUUUUGAGUCAUUGUGGAUGGAACUCUCUUUUGGAAAGUAUAUGUGCUAAAGUACCUAUUUUGGCAUUACCAUUUAUGGCUGAACAACACUUAAAUGCAAGAAUGGUGACAGAGGAAAUUGGGGUGGGAUUAAGGAUUAUGCCAAGAAAUGGAUCAGUGAGGGGUUUUGUGGAAGCUGAAGAGGUUGAAAAAAUGAUGAGAGAGUUAAUGGAAGGUGAAAAGGGAGAAAGGGUGAGGAAGAAAGUGAAGGAAGUAGGAGAAAAUGCAAUGGAAGCUAUGAAAGAAGGGGGCUCAUCUUGGUCCACAUUAGGCCUCCUUAUUGAUGAUGCCUGCGCCGCAAAACUUUGAAAUCGCAUUUAUUAGCGGUCAGAAUUUAAAGUUUAUGACCUCUGAAUUUGGCAUCUAACAAUAACUAGUAAGGUUGUCUAAAGUCGUACCUAAUAAUGUGACUCCGCCCCCUUUUAUUAGUGAUUUAUAAUCUAGUAUAGGUUAUUUAAGAGCUUCAUGUUCUUUCCCUGUUGAUGUAUAAAGCCUUUGUGCAUAUUUUUACUCAAUAAAAUAAUGGCCGUUGGCUUUGAUCAUCCA